CUCUUACUUAGCUAAUUAGCCGUUUUGGCCAACGUCCGCCCUUACCGAACGCAUAUUUCUUCCAAAGUUAUAUCUGCCCGGCGGAAUCGAUCUCAACCCCCUCUUACACCCACAUUCUUCAACUCGAUCUCGCUCAUGCCCGUCUCCAAUGCAAACAACCUAGCGUCGCUGCUCCGUCCCGCCGCUACACUUGCCAAAAUCGCUACCUCUUCCGCUUCUGGAUCAACUCUCAACCGCUUCGUUCACUCUUCAAACACUUGGUCUCGCUCUGCCAGCUCCUCGUCCAGCCCGCCCAGUGGUGCCGUUGAUUACCUGCGGGACGGGGAGCGUGAUUACUAUCACGGUACACGCCUCUUUCUGGUCGUUAUGAUUAUUACCGGAAGUGAGAAGGAAGUUGAUGUAUGGCGUGAUUUUUAGAUAUAGCUCAGUUUCUAGUGAAGCUUUGUUUGUGAAGCUGUACGCAUAUUGCUACAUGUACAUUAGCAUUACCCUCUCGUUGUAUCAGGAUAGCUGAGGCAGGAUAUUCUGAGAUAGCUAAUUUGUUUCUUAUUUUCGUGACAGAAGAUCCAGAAUUUCUGCUAUCACGGGAUUUAUCUUCCAUAUUGUGUGAUUCAGAUGUGGUACAUCCACCACAAUCACAGAUGACCAGUGGUUAUUCGACUUCGGUAAAUGUUUAUGAAGCCCCGUGGCUCUCCAACAUUUCAAAUAGUAAUGUACAUAUGCACAAGAAACAAGUUUCACGAGAAAGGAGGCGCAAGUUUUCAAAGGUUGGCCAAGAUACCAGCGUGGACCGCUUAAUUGCAUUGUGUGCUGAUAAACAUGGUGCAGAUGCUACAGUUGAGGUGUUCACUAAACUUGGUCGCGAAACCGGCCUUAUAGAGUAUAAUACAUUGAUAAGGAGCUGUAUAGAAAAGGCUAGGAUGAUUGACAAUGAAGAAGAGUCAUUAAAGCAACUUUCCAAUGCAUAUAAAUUUCUUAGAUCAAUGAGAGAUCAGGGUUUUCAAUUAUGCGAAGACUCUUACGGCCAAGUUCUUAUGUAUCUCACGGAAGUUGGUAUGGUUCCAGAGUUUCACUUUUACUGUGAACUCAUAAGAGAUGGAAAUGAUGAUUCAAUUCCAAAUAUAGCUUACUAUGAGAUGCUGCUCUGGAUAAAGACCAAUAAUCAUGAUACUUUAGAAGAAAUAUGCUAUAAUCUUGCACUCUAUGAUGGUGAAGACAAACACACUUUUCAAGAAACAUAUUUGUUAGCAAUGUGUGAUGGUGACUACAGUAAAGAGCUGUUUAUGCAGCUUGUCAAAACUCUUGACAUUACAAAAGUUACUUCUAUGAAAAGCUUGACAAAGAUUUUCAAAGCCUUGGGGAAGUUGAUGUUGCAGAACAUUGCAGAGAAGUUUUUUCUGGAUUUGAAAAGCACUGAUAUUGAAGGAGAGAACAUCCUAAGCUUCAUCUUUGAAUACAGUACAAAUGUACCUAAUUUAGCGGUUGAAGAUGUUGUUCGUAAUUUCAAAGUAUUGCACGAAGACAUUGAUGUGACACCUACAUCUGUGCAGUAUUCCAGGCUCAUUAAGUUAUCUUGUGAAUCAUGUAAGGUACACACCGCGCUUGAUUUAGUGGAUCAGAUGCAUAAGCAGGGUUUAACUUUACCGAUGGAGGCAUUUCAUUCGAUAUUAGAUGCAUGUGAAGAAAGCUGCGAGUACAAUUUGGUUCGCCGGAUGCAUUCAAUAAUAAGUUGCCAUGAUUUAAAGCCAAACUGUGAGACCUUCAGGAAGAUGAUAAUCUUGAGUGUAAAAAUGAAAGAUUUUGCGGGUGCAUAUAACUUAAUCAGUGAUCUGGAGAAAUUUAAGUUGACUCCUACGCCUGGCAUGUAUAAUGCUAUAAUGGUUGGCUAUUUCCAUGAGAAAAACAUUCAUGGUGGUCUUAUGGUUCUCAAACAAAUGGAAGAUGCAGGAGUUAAACCUGACAGUCUCACAUUUUCCUGUCUUAUAAGCCACUGCAAUUGUGAAGAUGAUAUCAUUAAGUGUUUUAAAGAAAUGCAGUUUUCUGGGCUUCCUGCAACAACACAUGUUUAUAUGGCACUUAUAAAUGCAUAUGUAUCCUGUGGACAGUUUGAAAAGGCUAAGCAGGUAAUAUUUGACAAAGGGAUACCCAUAAAGAACUUGAAUGAAGUAAAGAGUGUACUCGUUUCAGCUCUUGCAGUGCAUGGACACGUAUCUGAUGCCCUUGAAAUGUACGAAAAGAUUAAACAGGAUAAAUGCAAUCUGGAGCCUAGAGCAGUUUUUUCACUUAUUGAUCAUCUGCAGUCUGACGGGGAAUUGAGUAGACUAAUUCAACUGCUUGAUGGAUUAAAUGACCAAGAUCAAUGGGUUAGAGCUUGUUUCAAGGUUGUAGCAUAUUGUGUUCGGCAUGAAGAUUUAAGCUCUGCGAUUGAGUUGCUCAGGAAACUUAAGGAUGUAUUUAGCGAUGAUGAGAUGACCCUGGAGUUUCUUUUUGAUGAGGUUUUCUUCCGCUUUGUGGAGAAGGAACCAACAACCUUGCAUUUUGGCUGGAAUUUGCUUCAAGCUAUUAAAAAGGACUUUGGUCUUCGUCCAUCUCGAAAAUGCCUUGAUUUCCUCUUACGUGCUUGCGUUAGUGCCAGAGAUCCACUGACAUGCUCCAAGAUUUGGAGGGAGUAUCGAGAAGCUGGUAUUGUUUACAAUUCUUUGAGUUAUCUGAGGAUGUACCAAGCUGUUUUGGCAUUGGGCUCUCGAAAAUCUGCAGCAAAACUAUUGCGUGAAAUCCCAAAAGAAGAUCCACAUAUUCGUGCUGUCAUUCACGCUUGCCAAGCGGCUUAUGGAGAUUCUACUACAGUUGGAGACAAGAAAAAUAAGAAACAUGUGAAAUCAAAACACGAGUAAUUUCUUCUCAAUUAUUAUCCCCAAGGAGGAUCUACUUUAGGAUUAUGGUGGACUGAGGCACAGAGUAAUUUGUCAUUUUCAAUAUUAGUCCACCCCACUAAUGUUUAAGUGUGGUACAAUUAUAGGGAAAACUGUCAGUUACGCCCUCCUACUAUGUACGGAAAGCCGAUUAGACCCUCGUACUUUAAAAACAUUCAAUUAUAUCCUCCAACUCUUAAAAAACGUUCAAUUGAGUAAGUUGCACAUGUGGCAGGCCACGUGGCAUUUUUUUUAUCUUUUCUAUUUCUUUUUCUAUUUUCUGUUAUUGUUUUCGUCUCUCGGUCUCUACGUUCCCAAUUCUCAGCCUCUGCACUAUUUCUUCUUCCUUUUAACAUUUUUUCUUCUUCUUUUUACUUUCUCUUCCUUUUCUUCUUCCCAACUCCCUUUAUUUUCGUUCCCAAAUCCCAGCUGUCUCUUCGUUCUCUUCUGUUUUUCAGGUUGCUUUAUGAAUAUGCCCGGAGUAUUACUGUAUUAGGGCUCCAGCCACCUCUUUCCUUUUCUCUUUGGUUUCAACUUUGACUCUAUCAGAAAUUAAGCUUCUAGGCUGCCAACAAUGGUGUUCUCGUCGUAGAUCUGAGCAUCAGUUUCAACGACACCACUGUCGACGAUGGCGGCUGCAAGUGUGGGUAGAUUCUGGCAACAAUGGCGCCACUCUCUUCUCCUCUGUUCGUUUCUUCUUUUGCCGGCUAGAUUCCGGCGACGACGCGACGUUGAGGAAGACUCCGAUGAGCAGUAGGCUCCAAUGGUUGAGACGGCUGUCAUCGCAUUAAUCUCAGGUCUAUUUCCGGUGAGUUUGCUUUUUGGGAAGAAGGGAAAUGAGGCUCUGUAAAAGAAAAGGAGAAAGAAACGGAGGCGAGGGGACACGUGCAGGAGGCGUUCAACCCAGGGAAGAUAGAAGAGAAUAAAGAAAGGAAAGGGAACAGAAACAAAAAGAAAAAUGAAAAAUAAAUGACACUUGGUUUGCCACGUGGGCUGCCACGCAUGUAUUUAACCGGGAGACCGGUGGGUGACUUGCUAGAUAUACUCAAUUGAACGAUUUUUAAGAGUUUGAGGAUAUAAUUGAGUGUUUUUAAAGUAUGAGGACUUAAUUGACUUUCCGUACAUAGUAGGAGGGUGUAAUUGACAGUUUUCCCGUACAAUUAUUAAUCUUCAGCCCAGUCCGAUACGGGUUUCUGGAUCUGCCCCUGAUUAUUCUUACGCCCAUUGGCUUGAAGUGCUAGCUGCUGAUUUGUGUCUCAUGCUGCAGUUUUGGUGAUAGGUUAGGUUUAGUUUACAAAAAAACAUUCUCCGUUCAAGAACCAACCAGGCCGGGUGUAAUAAUUAUCGAGCAGUUCUCACUUAUUCCCAUAGAUCAAAGAGUUAAGGUUGCAGCCACUAUACAGGAACAUGAGAUUUGAUCUCCGUAGGAAUGGCCGAAUGGCCUUCAGACAAAAAUCUUCC